AUGGCAUUAUCUCAAGACCAACUCACCUUCUUCAACGAAAAUGGCUACCUCGUCCUCCCAGACUACCUCUCCCCCACCGAAAUCACCUCCCUAAUCGCCGAAACAAACCACCUCCUCGAAACCUUCCCUCUAGAAUCCCACCCGCUCACACAAUUCACAACCGGCGACGACAGUGAUUCCCAAAAAGACCACGUCGGCGAUGACUACUUCCUAACCUCCGGAGACAAAGUACGCUUCUUCUUCGAGCCGGAUGCGUUCACCACAAAUCCCCAGAAACCGAACGACAAACCGACGCUGAACAAACCGAAACAUCUCGCGAUUAAUAAAAUCGGGCAUGCAUUGCACGCGUUGUCGCCGCCAUUUGAGAAAGUUUCCCUUUCAGAGAGGAAUGCGGCUAUCGCGAAGUCGCUGGGAUUUAUUGACCCCCGCGUCCUGCAGAGUAUGGUCAUUUGCAAACAGCCGUCGAUAGGCGGCGCUGUGCCCUCGCACCGGGACUCGGAGUUUUUGUACACGAGUCCCCCAUCUGCAGUCGGGUGGUGGUAUGCGCUACAAGACGCUGGUCCCGGGAACGGGACGCUGGGAAUGUACAAGGGUUCCCAUAAGGGGUCUAAGGGUGGUGCGAUUAAGAGGCGGUUUGUGAGGAGGUUUGGGGAGGGCGGUGUUACUGUCGGGACGGAGUUUGUGGAGAAUGAUGGGCCUAAGCUACCUAAGGGGAUGGAAGGUGAAUCUAAUGACGGAGAGGAAGGAGAGGGGGUGGUGGAAGUGUUGGAUAUCAAGGCUGGGUCGUUGGUGUUGAUUCAUGGGAAUGUGCUGCAUAAGAGUGAGAAGAAUACAAGUGGGCGGAGCCGGUUUGCGUAUACAUUUCAUGUUAUUGAGGGGGGUGAGGGGUGGGAGUAUGAUGGAAGGAAUUGGUUGCAGCCGACGGAAGGUGGGUUUUCCAAGCUUUAUCGCUGA